CCCUGACGGAAUUUAGUAUUUAUUUCAAGCGUUUGUAAAACAAGACUUUUGUGAAAUUUCUGAUAAACGUUAUUUUGUCGAAAAAUUGAAAUUUAAACAUUAUGGGACGCAAAGAUAAAUAUAGAGAUGAACGGAGGUCUAGAUCGAGGGACAGGAAUUAUCAGAAAAAGCACAAGCAUUGCAGAUCAGACUCUGAGUCAGAAGAUUAUGAGGACAGGGGCUCAAGAUCAAAGCAAAGGAAGGCACAUUAUAGGUCAGAUUCAUCAGAUGAUUCAAACAGAUCUUCACAUAAAAGGAAAAAAAGGAAUGACCUGUCAGAAAGAGGAAGUUCAUCACCAUCAAGGGAUAGAAAGAGAAAGAAAGACAAGAAGAAAAAGAAACAAAGGUCAAGGUCACCUUUAGAGAGAAAGAAGAAGCAAUAUGAUAGUGAUAGUGAUUCAUCAGAUACAGAUGAUAGAUACCACAGAAAACAAUCUAAAUCAUCACGAUUAAAUCACGAAGACGAUGAUAAAAUGCAAGAAGAAAUGAGGAGAAGAAAAGAAAUAAUAAAAGCCACAGAGACACCUGAAGAGAGAAAGAGCUCGAAGACUUGCCAAAAAGGAAAGUAAAGAGAGGAAAAGACGAGAAAAGAUGGGCUGG